AGCUCACCACAAACGACGAAGAAUUUAGGUUAGGUGAAUGUAAAUAAAUAAACAAAGCUGAUUUUUCUAUUCCUAGCAUAAAUAAUAUUCGAAAUGUCUGUAACUCUACAUACAAGCAUCGGAAACAUCAAAAUUGAAUUGUUCUGCGAAUCCUGCCCUAAGGCAUGCGAAAAUUUCCUAGCUCUUUGUGCCAGCGACUAUUAUAAUGGUUGUUUAUUCCAUAGAAACAUAAAAGGCUUCAUUGUCCAAACUGGGGAUCCUACGGGAACCGGCAAGGGAGGAAAUUCCAUUUGGGGCCAGAAAUUCGAAGAUGAAUUCAAAGAACAAUUAAAACAUAAUGCGAGAGGUAUUGUAUCGAUGGCGAAUAAUGGACCAAAUAAUAAUGGAAGUCAAUUCUUUAUUACUUAUGGUGCCCACCCUCAUCUGGAUCUAAAAUACACCAUUUUUGGAAAAGUUAUAGAUGGUCUGGAUACUCUUGAUGAACUUGAGAAGUUGCCUGUAAAUCAAAAGAAUUACCGACCUUUGACCGAUGCUAAGAUCAAUAGUAUAACAAUACAUGCCAAUCCUUUAGCUGGUUGAGUUCAAUGAGAUCCGAAGCCAUGCUUCUUUGAUAGCCGUACUGUUGGACAACAUCGUUACCCCUCUUUGAACCCUAGCCAAAUCACCACCUGGCACCACUGUUGGAGGCUGGUAGUUCAGUCCAACCUGGCGAAAAUUUGAAAUUUGCAGAAAUUGUGAAUACAUAAUUGGUUCAAAA